AUGGCCUUUGCACCCAGGGGUCCUGAGGCCUCGUUCUUCCAGGUUUUGGACCAGCACAGGGCUUCCCUGCUGGCCGCCCUGAGGAAAGGCGGCGGGGAGCCCGCUGGCGGGGGGAUGCACCUGGCCUCUAGUUCUGAGGUUCUUGCAUCUAUAGAAAAUGUUAUCCAAGACAUAAUCACAAGCUUGGCAAGAAAUGAAGCACCUGCAUUCACAAUAGACAACAGAUCAAGCUGGGAGAAUAUAAAGUUUGAAGAUUCUGUGGGUCUUCACAUGGUAUCUCAUUGUACCACAAGAAAAAUCAAAAGUGAUUCACCAAAAUCAGUUAAAAAUUUUGCGCUAAUUCUUAAAAUAUUGUCCAUGAUUUAUAAAUUAGUACAGAGCAACACUUACGCAACCAAACGAGACAUAUAUUACACCGACAGCCAACUCUUUGGUAACCAGACUGUUGUGGACAAUAUUAUCAAUGAUAUUUCCUGUAUGUUAAAAGUGCCGAGGAGAAGUCUGCAUAUAUUAUCUACAUCAAAAGGUUUAAUUGCUGGCAAUUUAAGGUAUAUCGAGGAAGAUGGCACCAAGGUGAAUUGUGCAUGUGCAACAGCUGUUGCUGUGCCAUCUAAUAUUCAAGGAAUUCGGAAUUUAAUUACAGAUGCAAAAUUUCUAUUAAUUGUAGAAAAAGAUGCGACAUUUCAGCGGCUCCUAGAUGACAAUUUUUGCACCAAAAUGUCUCCGUGCAUCAUGGUUACGGGAAAGGGAGUACCUGAUCUGAACACAAGACUUUUAGUCAAGAAGCUGUGGGAUACAUUUCACAUUCCUAUUUUCACUCUUGUAGAUGCUGAUCCUCAUGGCAUAGAAAUAAUGUGUAUCUAUAAGUAUGGAUCUAUGGCUAUGUCUUUUGAAGCCCAUAAUCUCACAGUUCCGGCUAUUAGAUGGCUUGGUCUCCUCCCUUCUGAUAUCAAAAGAUUAAAUAUACCUAAAGGUACUUUAAUUCCACUGACAAAACAGGACCAAAUGAAACUUGACAGUAUCCUGAAGAGACCUUAUAUUACUUGCCAACCAUUUUGGAGAAAAGAAAUGGAAAUAAUGGCAGACUCUAAAAUGAAGGCAGAAAUUCAAGCUUUGACCUUCCUAUCAUCAGAUUAUCUUUCCAGAGUGUACUUACCCAACAAAUUAAAAUUUGGAGGAUGGAUAUAA